AUGGCGAGAAAAACAGUUAGCAGGAAAAGAAAGGCAGGGGAGCCCAAGGACCAACAACAGCUGGGCUGGUGUCAGGCACCGUACAAGCGGAGCAGAGUCUCUUAUUCUUCACGUCAUGUGCAGUGGUGGCACAGUCGCCACUCGGUCGUCUGCGCCCUCCGGGGCCGAGAGUUCAGACCUCAGCAACAGCAUGAAUUGCAGCUCCAGCGGAGCCUUCGUGGAUUUGCCGCAGGCAGGCUCCCUGGCAUUCUGAAAGAGAGGGAGUUCUCUCUUGGGCGUCUAAACAAAGUAUUUGCCUCACAGUGGCUCAACCAACAGCAGGUUGUAUGCGGGACCAAAUGCAACACGCUUUUUGUAACUAAUGUCAUGACGGGGCAAAUCACUCGGAUUCCCAUGCUCAAAGACAGGGAGUGUCAUGGUGGAGGCUCUGUGAUAGGAGCGGUGCAGAAUUAUAACACAACCACAAGCUCUCAUUCCCGGCUUGACCAGCAGGGAUGCGGGAUCCAUGCUAUUGAAAUAAACACUUCAAGAACCCUCUUAGCUACUGGAGGAGACAACCCCAACAGCCUCGCCAUUUACAAGCUGCCUACGCUGGACCCCGUUUGUGUUGGAGAUGAUGGCCACAAUGACUGGAUCUUCUCAAUAGCAUGGAUCAGUGACAGGAUGGCAGUGUCUGGUUCACGAGAUGGCUCCAUGGGUCUUUGGGAGGUAACAGAGGAAGUAAUGAAUCAAGCACAGCACAGUCAGAAUGAAACAGCCAUGCCCUCCUAUGCCCACAUAUCCCACCGAGCCCUCAAAGACAUCCCAAAGGAGAACACUCACCCAUACAUCUGUAAAGUUCGGGCUUUGGCCUUUAACAACAAUCACAAAGAGCUUGGUGCUGUAUCUUUAGAUGGCUACUUCCAUCUUUGGAAAGCUGAGCACACUUUGUGCAAGCUUCUGUCUACAAAGCUGCCUCACUGCAAAGAGAAUGUGUGUCUGGCAUACGGGCAGGACUGGUCAGUAUACGCUGCCGGAUCUCAAGCCCAUGUGUCUUUUUUGGAUCCUCGUCAGCCGAUACACAGCAUAAAAUCAGUGAAUUCCAGAGAGAGGGGAAGUGGGAUUCGUUCAGUCAGUUUUUAUGAGCACAUCGUGACAGUGGGCACUGGUCAAGGGUCACUUCUCUUCUACGACAUCCGCGCUCAGAGAUUUCUCGAGAACCCUUUGAUAACAACUGGAGGGUACCGGAAGUGCUCGGGAGAGGGCAUUCUCAAGCUCACAACAGGGAAAGGCUGGCUGAAUCAUGAUGAGACAUGGAGGAGUUAUUUCUCAGACCUUCACUCUUUUCCAAAUGCCGUAUACACGCACUGCUAUGACGACUCCGGCACUAAACUGUUUGUAGCCGGCGGACCACUCUGUUCUGGCCUUCACGGGAACUACGCAGGAUUGUGGAGCUAG